CUUAACCGGAACAACAGAGGCAUGAGACAUGAGAGCGGCGCAUAAAUGAAUGGGGACAUAAAAAUAAUGUGCAUGUUGACAUAGUUGUAGCAUACAGUCUAUGAGUUGUACCCGUAAAGUCGUCAUGGUUUCAGUAGACUAACGCACGUGUGAUAAAGUUCAGCGAUGGAGUGCGAUAUUUUGGACUCGUUAGAGCAGCUCGGCUAUGACGGUCCUCUGCUGGAGGAGAAGGCGCUGCUGGGAGCCGUGGAGGGAGGCCUGUCCUCUGCUCAGUAUGUGGACCUGUGCAGGUGGCUGACGUCCAGGUUGAAACCGCUGUGUGGUCUGGAAGAGAGCAUCACAUCCGGUCCAGAGGACAUGGACAGCCUGCAGGUGGAGAUGAGUGGUCUGCUGAAAGAGUUGCACUGUCCUUAUGAAGAAGUCGUCUCAGGGAUUCUCAAGGGCAGUGUGCGAAGUACAAAAGACCAUCUCAAGUUUGUUUUGUUCCUAAGCUCGGAGCUCCAGGCAGCUCAGAUUGUGAGGAGCAGACGAACCUCUCAUAAACAACAAGAUGAGACUCCAGUGUGUCAGGAGCUCCUGGCAAUCUGCAAAACUCUGAACCUGCCGGAGCCCAGAGGACAGGACGCAGCAGGAGUUUUCUCUCAAGUUCAAGACAAGGUUGAAAAUAUAGUCAGAGAUCUUCCAAAUGGCUCUGUUGGAAAGCCGGUGCUGAAGAAGUCUCUCGGCAGUGAACAGUGGGAGAAGUUGCACAACAUAAACACAGCUCUGUCCUCAGAGUACGAGUGUCGGCGCAGGAUGCUCAUCAAACGACUCGAUGUCACGGUUCAGUCCUUUGGGUGGUCAGACAGAGCCAAGGUAAAGGUGGACAGCAUGGCGAGGGCCUACCAGCCGAGGAGACACUCUCUGAGCCCACAGUCAACAGUAGACAUGGCCGAGCUGCUGGCUGCCAGAGAAGACAUCUGCAACGUGGUGAAGACCAGCAGCGGCUCCAGCAGGGAGAAGACGGCGUGCGCUGUCAACAAGAUCCUGAUGGGAAGAGUCCCAGACAGAGGAGGACGUCCCUCCGAGAUAGAAGCCCCACCACCUGAGAUGCCACCCUGGCAAAAAAGACAAGAUGGAGGUGGAGGCUGGGGAGGCCGUGGUGGAGGAAGAGGAGGUGGUGGUUGGGGAGGAGGAGGAGGUGGUGGUUGGGGAGGAGGAGGAGGAAGAGGAGGAGGAGGAAAUUGGGGAGGACGCGGCGGGGGAAGAGGAGGAGGAGGAGGUUGGGGAGGAGGUGGAGGAGGUGGGUGGAACCAAGGAGGACAUGGUGGACACGGAGGGAAGAGAGGACGGUACCAGUAUUAAACUCUACUGAUAAACUCUUGCAUUAUUAUUAUUUUUUAAAGUGAUCCAUGUGACGUGUUUGACAUGAACUCAAUUCUGUUUUCAGUGUUUGUUUUUAAUCGAGGGAGGAACACUAUAUCUGAUGCCAGCAAAAAAUCUUCCUCAUUUAGAUUAUUUAAAAUGCUCCUUUUUUUUAGUGUUUUAUUCUGCUUUUUUGUAAUAUACUCAUCAGUGUUUUUAAGUGAAAAUACCAUGACAUCAUUACAAGUAUUCUUCUGUACACAAACAAAUGAUCCAACUUGUGCACUAGGCGGGGGCACAGUUACAGUAUUUUCUUCCAUCAUAAAAUAAAUGUUUGUUACUGUAAACAUUAGCCUUUGUACCGGUCGAGGGAUUUAAAGAUGGAGUAAAGCAUGUUGAUGAUGUCAGCAAAAGAGAAAGGCGAAUGUAGAAAAGCAAUCUUUCCCUGGCAAAAGAGUCACCUCUGCUACGUGUUAGAGGAGUUGAGGACACAAUGGACUAAGGAUAAGAGCGAUUCACUGCUUAAAUCCAAAUUUUACUUUGCAUUUCAGACUGAACAGUGUUAGCUCUAACUUCAUUUUCUCUAUGAUUCUGCACCAGCUGAUUCUUUUUCACCUCUGCAUUUAUUUAAUAAAGACCUUUUCCAGUAA